AUGCAGAAUGUGUGUAGAACCUGCAUGGGCGACUCUGUCACCCUGGUGAAUAUCUUCUCAGAUGUGCGCGAUCCGGCGCUCGAGCAGCCGGUGAGGAAUCUCUCCUACAUCCUGAGUGAGUGCACCAACCGCUCCGUUCGGCGGGACGACUGUCAGCCGCAGUUCAUCUGCCUGUCCUGCGUCCAAACUGCCCAGACGGCCUUCAGGUUCAAGCGUCAGUGCGAUCGCAGCUACCACCGCUUCUGCGAGCUCCAAAACAAGGAUUCCCUUGAGGGGGAUCAGGAUGAGGAUAACCAGCAAGCAAUUUCCCCGGAAUCGGGGCACAAAGAAGCUCCUAAAGCUGACGAUUCCCGAUCUGAUUUGUCUCCAGGAGCAACCAACAACACACCAAUGCUGAGAUCACCCGUUGGAACUGGCAGGACAAAAAAUAGGAAUAAUCGCUUCGCGUGUGUUCAUUGCAAUAACACAUACAAGAGAAGAUGGGGCUUAAGGAGACACCUGCUUACCCACACCACCAAGCCGACCCACAAUUGUCCCUACUGUCCCAAGUUUUUUUGGCGAAAGGAUUGCUACACUGACCACCUUCGUACCCACGGCAAGCGUAGACCGGUUUCCUGCAAUAAGUGCGCCAUGGUAUGUCCCGAUGCCACUUAUCUGGAAAUGCAUCAGCAGGAGCACAAUGAGGAAAUGGUUGGAAACAAAAGUCCUGUUUUAGAGGCUGAUAAUAUAAUCAACAAGGAAAACCGCUCAGAUGUCAUAGCUGAAAAUGUCCCAGUGCUGGAAACUGACCACAAGCAUUUUUGCGACCUUUGCUCCGACUCAUUUGUCCUGGAAGAAGACCUCAAAACUCAUAGAACGCUAGUGCAUGAUAUCAACAUUACGAAUACUGCGAAAUCCAUGACGAUUACGCGCGAGUUGGAACCGCAACGUUUGAACCUUAGUCUAGAGAGCAGCGCACUCCAAGAUUGUAACAUGGAAAACAGUCAGAAUAUUUCAGCUUUAAAGCAAGCUGAAAGUGGAUUUGAUCAGGAGAAUAUAUCUCCCUCUUCAUUCUUAAGGAAUCAAAGCAAGUUACUUAAUCCCGAGGCGAAGAGCUUCCAGUUUUCCGAGCCGAAGCACCACUGUCCCAUCUGCUCAAAGGCUUUUUUCUUGAGAUACAUGUUAAUGCAACACCUGCGCACCCACGACGAUUGGGUUCCUCAUGCCUGCCGGCAGUGCUCGGCCAUAUUUAUUGAGCGCAACCAAUUGAAAAUCCAUCAGCGCGAGCACGAGGAGAAUACAGUCGGGGCCACAGAGCUAGAGGAUCCUGACUGGGAGGACAAGGAUGUCGACACGGAGGACAAUAAUAUGAUCAACGAUAUAAGCGACACGAAUCCAGUAGCAGAAUCUACCCCUGUGUUGCGCGAUUGGGAAAUAGAAAGUCUGAACCUAAGCCUGGAAAGUAACACCAUCGAUGAUUCUGGCAUUCAAAGAAGUGAAGACACUCCAACUUUGAUGCAAAAUGAAAGUGGAUUCGAUCAGGAGACAACUUCAGCGGAGCAGAGCGAGAAACCAAAAAAGUUAUCAGAGAAAAAGAGCGACGUGUGUCCCUUUUGCCACUCCAAGCAGAACAAAUCGAACAUGCGGCGACAUCUAAAAACUCACAUUUCAAAACCGGAACACAAGUGUUCCGUAUGUUUGAAACUUUUUGCGCGCUCUGAUAACUUGACCCGGCACCUGGCACGCGUCCACGCAGAGCAUGGUAAGGCCAAACGGUAUUCCUGCGGGCUGUGUCCGGCCGUAUUCAGCGAGAAGUACAUCCUUGAACGGCAUAAGCACAAUGUGCAUGAUAAUCGGAAUUAA